CGGAGCGUUUGCGCCCUGAGCCGUGUAUCGGGGCCUGCCCCGCGCUCUCCGUGCUGCGGGCUCGGUAGGUUCUACGUGUGGCUUGUGCUCCCUCUGCCAGAUUCUCCGACACGAAGAAUUUGAGGAAGGCUGCAAAGCUACUUGCAAUGGCCCUUAUGAUGGAAAGUGGAGUAAAACAAUGGUGGGCUACGGACCCGAAGAUGAUCAUUUUGUGGCAGAGCUGACCUACAAUUAUGGAGUAGGAGAGUAUCGACUCGGCAGUGACUUUCUGGGCAUGACUCUGAUGUCCAGCCAGGCGGUGAGCAAUGCCAGGAAGAUGGCAUGGCCCCUCAAAGAAGUUGCAACGGGUUUAUUUGAAACUGAAGCCCCGGGAGGCUAUAAGUUCUUCUUGGAAGACACAGAGCAACCAAAGCAAGAUCCUGUGCUAAAAGUAACUCUGGCGGUCUCAAACCUGCAGAAGUCUGUUAGCUACUGGUCUGAUCUGCUGGGAAUGAAAGUUUAUGAAACAGAUGAGAAAAAGCAGAGAGCUUUGCUAGGCUAUGCAGAUAACCAGUGUAAAUUGGAGCUGCAGGGCAUGGGGGGAGCGGUGGAUCACGGCACAGCUUUUGGGCGGAUUGCCUUCUCUUGCCCCAAAGAAGAGCUGCCAAACAUUGAAGCACUGAUGAAGAAGGAGAAGCAGAAGAUUCUAACACCCCUAGUUAGCUUGGACACCCCUGGAAAAGCAACAGUGCAAGUGAUUAUCCUGGCUGAUCCCGAUGGCCAUGAAAUCUGCUUUGUAGGAGACGAAGCCUUUAGAGAGCUUUCCAUGCUGGACCCUAACGGCAACAAGAUGUUAGAUGACGCGAUGGCAGCGGACAAAAGUGACGAGUGGUUUGCCAAGCACAAAAUACAGAAGGCUUCUGCUUAGCUCAAGAGAAUGACUUUGUAAGCAGCCUUUUAGCUGCUAAAUGCCUGUAAAAUGCGUCCGGUUUUGUGCUCAUGUUACCCCCUUUUAGUGAGAGUAUGAAAAGUCCUGGGCUUUAAGUUAGAACUGGAUUUUUUUUUAGAGGCAGAAGUGCAUGGGAGAAAAGGGGGAAAGUUCAGUUGUACUGUUCUCGGUAGAUUGAGUACUUGAUUUCGUAACAUGGGAGCAAUGAACUUGUAACAGUCAGACCCUUUAAAGUUUUUCUCUUUCCUUUUUGGAUUGAAAAGGACCUGAGGUUAGCCUAGAAAUGUGCAGAUCUCUGCUACAGUGUGUAUACAGCUGUCUUUGUGCUGGGAUUUAGGAGUGAAAAAAAUCUCAAUUUCAAAUUCACCCUGUUAAAUAAGGCCAGAGCCAAUUCACUGCAUGCACUAAAACAGACCAUUAGCAAGGGGGGAUCAGAAGAAGAAAUAACUAAAUCGAUGACACUAUUUUAUUCUGAUUGGCAGUUUUCUUCGAAAAAAUAUCUUGCUGCUAAACAUGACAGAAUAACAGUUUGGCUCGGAGUUGAGUGGGGGCGGGAGAGGACUCAUUGAAAAUGCUGAAAAACUUGCUUUCAAAACAAAGUAUAGGUUAAAGAAUAAAACAAAUGCUAUAAGGAUGGUUGGGUUCAUUCAUAGAACUUAUCUCCUUGAAGUGAGAGGUACAACAUGAAGGGUGGCACACUACAAGUCUGUUUGCUGUUAUAUUACAGGGCAUUUUGCAAUGUCCGUGGCGUUAGCAAUGCUUGGUUUGCCACACAUAGAAGAGAAAAGGUGUAUUGUGAACAGUGCCUGUAUUGUACUUUUAUGACGGACUAAAGCUGGAACUGGGAGCAUGUCUACAUGCAGAAUCUGAUGAGCACAAUUAUACAAAUACUUGGAGUAGCAGUCCUGCUGUGGCUAUGCAGGUCAAGUUUCCUAUGCAAGAAAACCCUAAGGUUGGCAUUGAGAAAUCUCUCGCUGAAGCCAAAUGUAAAUGGAUGACUAAGUUGCUGUGAACAGAUAUAUGCUUAAAAUAUUUGAACAUGGCUUAUUUUUCCAAACAAACAUUAACCAGAUCAGUCAUUGGAGUACCAAUGAGAAUACCGUGAUGAACUCGGUACAAAUGCCUAAAUCAACAAAAUGUAAAAUACAUGGACCAAGCUUCUUGGCUAUCAAACCAUCAAAACCCAAAGGUGUGACAUAGACCUUAAAAUACUGGGCAAGAUCAAGGGAUGGAAUUGGAUUAUUUUUUCUUAGUUGUAUGUGCCAAUUUUCCAUAUCAGAAUUUCCAAAGAGUGCUCCAGUGACAGAUUCAGGAAGGACCAACAUAGAAUUUAAAAUGUGUGACCUCAUUGAUACAGAUGAGAAAUGUGUUCCAAGGUACUGUGGCAAAAGCUUUGCUUUGUCUCUAGUGCUAUUCUAGCUCUUCUUCCACUUCCCCACUCAGCAUAAGAUCCUAGCCCCAUCUCAAACUGUCCUUUCAGGCAAGAGGAAAUGAGGCUGUUUUGGAGUGUGAGGAAGGGACUAGGCUUGUCCUAUGGUUUUCCUGCACAUUAAACUGCAUUAUAUCUAACCGCAGCACACAAAUAUGUAACAUUCCACAUGGGGGUUGGCUGGGAUUAUGUAGCAAACUAGAACUAGUCAGAACUGAUUUCUUGUGUGAGGGUAAGAGAAAACUGACCCAUGAACAGCUGUCAUGAAAUUAGCUUUCUUGUUAAUUCUGUAAUUUCACAGCUUGUCUGACCUGAAUGCCUCCCAGUGCGUUCUGAAUAAAUAUCUACAAUAUAGAUACUCUC